CUAAAAUAAGAAAUUUCUGCAAUGUGGUAUUCGGUAUAGUAAAUUAAGUUUAGGGAUGAUUUUGGCCACAGGAGUUCCACGAAACUUAAUAGAAUGAAAAGAUACAAUUAAGAAUUAACCAGUAAAGUUCAGGAGGUUUCAAAUUCUGAUUUUUUUACUCGUAAAAGACAAAGAUGAGCGUCUCUAGGCCAAGCAAUGUCAGCCAUGAAACUGACGUUUUUCGACACACCCCACUUCGUUAUAUGGGUUAUGCAAACGAAGUUGGUGAAGCAUUUCGUUCCAUGGUACCAAGAUCUGUGGUGUAUGCAAGUUAUGCAGUCGCAAGUGUGUACGUACUAGCUGAUGCUUCUUCUAAAGGUUUAAACUCAUCAACAGUCACUAACACUGCUGAAAGAAAAACCAAAGGUUCACCUGUUGUUGCAUUUACAGAUGCAUUGGUUUGGCAAUCCCUUGCGUCAGUUGUUAUACCAGGUUUUACAAUAAAUCGAAUUUGCGCUGGUGCAACAUUUACUCUGAGACACAUCGCACCUAAGGUUCCAAUUAUUGGAAGGAAAUGGAUUUCAACAAUUAUUGGACUUCUAGCAAUACCUGUUAUUAUACACCCUAUUGAUAGAUCAGUUGACUUUCUUAUGGACAGCUCAAUCCGAAAAGUUUAUUUAUGCAAAACCUCAAGUGCAAAGUGAUCACUGUACAUUUGGUUCUGUAGGAAAUUUUAUGUUUUAUUUUCACUGCUGAGUCAUGCUGCUAGCUUCAUUUACCUCUUUUAAAUGUUGUUUAGAGUUUCUACUUAUUGUUUCUUGUUUCAACAUGGGUGCCAAAGUUUAAAAAAGAAUUUGUUUUCAUGUCAAAUAUACAAAACUGUUUCUUAAGAUUAAAUAUUGUUACUCGUCGACAUGUAUUGUA